CUUCUCCUAUAAACGCAAGCCACAUUUUGAUCCAACCCAAUUCGUUACCAUGAAACUGAUCUCUUCGUCAAUGGCUUCUCUCCCAACUUCCGCAGCUCUCAAGUCAACCCUCCUCUUCUCCGCCGCCCACCUCUUCCUCCACUUCACCCUCUCCGCCGGCCACGGCGGCAGCGACGGGUCCCCCGACACCGGCAGCACCCCGGACUUGCACGCGAGGGGCCUGAUCCUGGUCAAGGUAUGGUGCCUCAUCAUCAUGCUGGUGACCACCUUCGCCGGCGGCAUGUCGCCCUACUUCUUCCGGUUCAACGAGGCGUUCUUGCUGCUGGGGACGCAGUUCGCGGGCGGGGUCUUCCUUGGAACCUCGCUGAUGCACUUCCUGAGCGAUUCGACCUCGACGUUCGGGGAUCUGACGGACAAGAGCUACCCGUUCUCAUUCAUGCUGGCAUCGGCCGGGUACUUGCUGACGAUGCUCGGGGAUUGUGUGAUCAUGUACGUCACCCGGAACGUCGGCAACAGAGAUUCGGCCGGCAAAGUCGGAGUCGCAGAAGAAGGAGGGCCGGAUGAGAACGAUCCGAGAGCGAAGGAGGACGCGAAUCCGAUGUUCUUACAAACCGCGUCUCUCGGGGACACGAUUCUGCUGAUCUUGGCCCUAUGCACUCAUUCCAUCUUCGAGGGCAUUGCUGUCGGAGUUUCAGUGACCAAAGGCGAUGCAUGGUAUAACCUGUGGACGAUAUCGUUGCACAAGAUAUUCGCGGCCAUCUCGAUGGGAAUCGCCCUCCUUAAGAUGCUACCGACGAGGCCGUUCCUAAUGACCGCAGCGUAUUCCUUUGCAUUCGCCAUUUCCAGCCCCAUCGGGGUCGGAAUCGGGAUCGCCAUCGACGCAACGACGGAAGGCCACGUUGCCGAUUGGAUCUACGCCAUCUCCAUGGGCAUCGCCUGCGGGGUGUUCAUCUACGUCGCCAUCAACCAUCUCAUCGCCAAAGGGUUCAAGCCUCAAAACAAGUGCGCCUUUGAUACUCCUUUCUAUAAGUUCCUGGCUGUGCUUCUUGGGGUGGCUAUUAUAGCUGUUGUCAUGACUUGGGAUUAGCAUGGCGUCUACCUUCAUCUUCGCGAGCGUUUAUUUUGUCAUGGAUGAUAUGAAGAAAAAUCACGAAAGUUUGUUUCCUUUUCCUCGCAUAUUUGUGUGCGAUCAAUGUUCUCAUGUUAUAUACAGCUUUUGGGACCAUUUCUGAAUUAAUGUGUGAUCAUACUAUUUUGUUGAAUUACGUGUUGGGAAUAAAACUUGAGGAGUGAUCAAGUGUAUUUUUAGUAA